GCGGCGACGAUGCCAUCUGCCGUUGCAGACGGAGAACCACCCCCGAACUACGCAGAUGCUCUGAGCAAGUGCUUGCUGUUCUAUGAUGGUCAGAGAUCCGGAAAGCUUCCACCCACGCAAAGGCUCACCUGGAGGAAAGAUUCGGCCUUGAAAGAUGGUCAAGAUGCCGGUGUUGAUCUGGUGGGCGGGUACUAUGACGCUGGCGACAAUGUGAAGUUUGGCUUCCCCAUGGCCUACACCGGCACCGUGUUGGCGUGGAGCAUCAUCGAAUUCUCGGAGGAGUUGGGUCCAGAGCUGGCACACGCUCAUGAGGCCUUGCGAUGGCUUACGGACUACUUGCUGAAAGCCACCGCCCAACCCAACAGGAUCUUCGUCCAAGUCGGCGACCCCUACAGCGAUCACAACUGCUGGGAGAGGCCCGAAGACAUGGACACUCUUCGGACAACCUACCAAGUGAACGACACCCACCCCGGCUCGGAGGUCGCCGGCGAGACCGCCGCUGCACUGGCGGCUGCUUCCAUAGCUUUCAGAUCAUCCGAUCCUGCCUAUGCCGACGAGCUGCUGUCAAGAGCAAAGACGGUCUACAAUUUCGGUCACACAUACCAGGGUUCGUACGGCACCAGUCUUGGCAAAUGGGUGUGCCCGUUCUACUGUGAUUACAGCGGCUAUCAGGAUGAACUGUUGUGGGGAGCAGCAUGGCUAAACAGAGCUACCAAUAGCUCACAGUACGAGAACCAUAUCAUCCAUGGCAUUCAGCAGGUGCAGAUGAAGACGCAGCUUGAUGAAACUGCCCGCGAGUGGUUCUUCGGAUGGGAUAACAAGGAAGCCGGAAUCUACAUCCUCCUACAGACGCAAAAGAUGAAGUACCUCCUCGGACAUAACCCAAAUAAGAUGUCGUACAUGGUGGGGUACGGCACAAAGUUUCCUCAGAUGAUACACCACAGAGGAUCUACGCUUCCGUCGAUGGAUGAGCACCCACAGCGCAUGCAUUGCAGGGACGGGGAGCCCUACUUCAAUACCACCGCCCCCAACCUCAACCUGCUUAUCGGAGCCGUCGUAGGGGGGCCAAAUGAUGGAACCGAUAACUUCCUGGACUCGAGAUAUUGUCCGAACCAAACCGAACCCACCACUUAUGUCAAUGCACCCUUGGUGGGUCUCUUGGCUUACUUCAACAAAAAUGGAUGA